UCCUCUAAUUUCAAAAAGAAAAAUAAUAACAAACUUAUCUCAAAUUAAAUUUUACAAAAUGACAAAAAUGUACCACGAUUAAAAUCAAAUUGAACUUUUUUGUUUACAUUAUUUUGUAAGUUUGUACUUAUUUGUGAAGAAUAAAAAAGAAGCAUAUAUAUAGUAAUAUAUAUUAGCAAAAGUUGGCUGCUUUUUCUUAUUUAGAGUUUUUUUUUUUUUUUUGCUUCUGUUUCAAGGAGGCACGCGAAACUCAAAAGAGAGAGAGAGAGAGAAAGAGAGAGAGAGAGAGAGAGAGGUAGCUUAAUGAUACUUGGAAACGCUUUUUCUCUCAGCGAAAGUUUGAGGACAGUCAUGCGCAGAAUUUACACUUGCGGUUGGAAAGAAAAUUACCAAGUAACGUUCCUGUGAUAUUACCCUCAGUGACGAAAACGUCUGGCUGAUAACUUAAAGCGACGUCGUCGACGAAGCACUUUCGGUUCGAUAAGUGUAUUGUGAUGCCCCGACGAGGCCUGGGUGACACGUGAUGUCUCGCUGGUGUUGCUACUGGUGGUGGUGCUGUUGCUACUGUGGAAAUCCAAAUAGUACUGGCGGCAGCAGUACUGGAUUUGGUAUCACUUCUGGAAUUUCAGCUCUACUUUCAUUGGUUGUUGUCACAGGUGCUAUCUCAACCGGUGAGUGGUUGCUGACGGAAGAGAAGUUACCGAGAUCACCAUCCGCAAACUCAUCCGUCGAGCCAGAUAGUCGACUAACGUACAGUGGACUCUGGAAGUUUUGCGUUGCCAUAAGCUCUCGUAUGGAGUACGAAUGUUCAGGAAUUGAGUACUUUCCAAACGAGGAAUACAGUCCUGAUUUAACCGAUUCAACAAUGGCAAUACCAU